CCGAACAUGGGAUCCGUGCUAAGCAGCGAAGGAAGCAGAGAUCACAAAGCCCUGGCUAUAGAAGACCCCAGCUACGAUUGUGCCGUGUGUCUGGAGGUCCUGAACCGGCCGAUGAGGACAAGAUGUGGCCAUGUGUUUUGUCACACCUGUAUAAAAGCUAGUCUGAGGAAUAAUUCAUAUGCCUGCCCUUACUGCCGCACCCACUUGUCAUCUGAAGGAACGCCUGCUGUAGACAUCAUAAAGAAGAUGAAAACUGUUUUUCAGAAUUGUGAAGAGUGUGAGAAAAAGAUUUGCCUAAGUGAAAUGAGAGCACACCUGAAUAUGUGUCAGCAAUACAUUACAAAAUACGGCCCUUUACAAGAGCUGGGGAAAACAACAUGCAGAGUGGAUACGUAUACAUGUCCAUUUUGUCCAAUGGAGCUAGAUGAAGAUGGUCUAGUGCAGCACUGCUUCAGCUGCCACAGUACAGAGAACUCUCUGGUGGUGUGUCCAAUUUGUCACCUGAUGCCAGGAGGAGACCCCAGCUAUAAUUCAAGUUUUCUAAAGCAUCUUCAUGCCAGACAUUCAGUAUACUAUGAAAAUUACAUAGAUAUAAACAUAGUGGAAGAGGCUCUUAUUGAAAGAGUACUAGAUCUCUCUCUGAUACACUACAUGAGGCACUCUAACAGGUCCUAACCACCAUCAAGACAGAGGCAAGAUAUUCAGUGCUUAGAAGAUUUGGCGAUAUGGUUUUGGGGGCUUACAAAUGAAGACACAACAGCUUUCUUUCCAGCAACCUGUUGUGGUUAAAGAAGACCACAACACAGAUCAACUGGUAGUUGUGUGUUAAAAAAGAGGUCAUAUUUACUCAUGAUCAGAGCUGGAAGUCUUUUAUCAGUUGAACCUCUAAGAUAAGACAUAAAUGUUUCUUUAGAGCGGAAGUAGGAAAACUGUAACUCUACCACUAAUAUGGAACAUAAAGCAUGUCUGGCUAGUAAUGCAUGCUUGGUCUUCUAGAACAGUCUUCAGUUUGUCCUACCUCUGCUUCUGAAACAUGAGUAACAUUAUCUGCAGCAGAUGCAUAUGCAGCAAGUGACCCAGAAACAUUUGCAUCAUAAAUGUGUGGACUACUGUCACUUCCAAGGUCAAUGAUUCUUAACACUGUUGUCAGAACACAUUUGUGUCCAGCCACUAACCUA